AUGGCUCUGCCGCCCUUCUACCCUCCGGGUCGCGCGGGCCCGCCGCCCUCGCAGCCGCCGCCUUCCGCCGCCUUCGGCUGUCCGCCCCCGCCCCUGGCGUCCCCGGCUUUCCCGCCGUCUCUGCCCCAGCGGCCCGGCCCUUUCCCGGGGCCGGCGGCCCCCUUCCUGCAGCCUCCGCUGGCCCUGCAGUCCCGGGCGCCCGCCGAGGCCGCCCGCGGUGGCGGCGGCUUCUACCCGGGACCGCCGCCGCUGCCGCCGCCUCAGUGCCGGCCUUUCCCGGGGGGCGACGCCGCCGAGCGUCCUCGACCACCGCCUCCAGGCCCAGGUCCAGGGCCGCCCUGGAGCGCGCGCUGGGCUGAGGUGCCGCCGCCGCCGCCGCCCGACGCGCUCGGGGACGCGGCCCUGCAGCGCCUGCGCGACCGGCAGUGGCUGGAGGCGGUGUUCGGGAACCCCCGGCGGCCGGGCUGCCGCGCGCCGCCCCCGCGCUCGCCCGCGGGGCCCAGCCUGGGCGAGGUGCGCUCGCGGCUCCGCGCGGCGCUGCGCCUGGUGCGGCGGCUCCGCGGCCUGGCUCAGGCCCUACGCGAGGCCGAGGACGACGGCCCGGCCUGGCUCUCGCUGCACGCCCAGGUCGCGCCGUUGCGCGCCGAACUGGCCGAGCGCUUACAGCCGCUGACCCAGGCCGCCUACGUGGGCGAGGCGAGGCGGAGGCUGGAGAGGGUCCGGCGCCGACGGCUGCGGCUUCGCGACAGGGCCCGCGAACGCGAGGCCGAGCGGGAGGCGGAGGCCGCGCAGGCUACGGAACGCGAGCUGGAGAUCGACCGCUGGAGGGUGAAGUGCGUGCAGGAGGUGGAGGAGAAGAAGCGGGAACAGGAACUCAAAGCUGCUGCUGAUGGCGUCUUGUCUGAAGUAAGGAAAAAACAAGCAGACACCAAAAGAAUGGUGGAUAUCCUUCGGGCUUUGGAGAAAUUGAGGAAAUUGAGGAAGGAAGCUGCAGCAAGGAAGGGGGUCUGUCCUCCAGCCUCAGCGGAUGAGACCUUUGAACACCACCUUCAGCGGCUGAGAAAACUCAUUAAAAAGCGCUCUGAACUGUAUGAAGCUGAAGAGAGAGCCCUCCGAGUUAUGUUGGAAGGAGAACAAGAGGAAGAGAGAAAAAGGGAAUUAGAAAAGAAACAGAGAAAAGAAAAAGAGAAAAUUUUACUUCAGAAACGUGAAAUUGAAUCCAAAUUAUUUGGAGACCCAGAUGAGUUCCCUCUUGCUCACCUCUUGCAGCCUUUUCGACAGUAUUACCUCCAGGCGGAGCAUUCCCUUCCAGCGCUCAUCCAGAUAAGGCAUGAUUGGGAUCAGUACUUGGUGCCAUCCGAUCAUCCCAAAGGCAACUCUGUUCCCCAAGGAUGGGUCCUUCCCCCACUUCCCAGCAACGACAUCUGGGCAACUGCCAUUAAGCUUCAUUAGGAAAAAGGUUCCCGGAUAUGGUCCAGCAGCGCACAUCCCAGCCCUGACUGGUAGUGAUGCUGCCUGAUGCGGCAGCCUUCUGCAUGACUUCCAAACUCCAUGUGACACCACUUCACCCAAAGCUCUGCAUUCUUCUGUGGUCUGGCCUGGCCAAAGGUGCCUCUUGAAGCAGGAGAUUCAUAUGGUUCUUUAGGAAAGAGCUGAGGUGAACUGAGGUUGUUAGCAUAGUAGUGGACUUACUGCACCAAAUUUGCCUCUGUUUUGAGGGGCUUGGUCAGUGUGACCCUUUAACUUACUUGAGUCUUUGUUUAUUAAUGGGUAAGUACAUUCAACACACUCAAUUAUUCCAUAGAGGCGCACACUAGAUAGAUUUUUAGCAGUCCUUCCACUGGUGCUGAGUGUGAAAGCAAGCUUGGUGCAAAACCCUUUACCAUCCUACAUGGAGAGCCCUCUGAUUCCUGGAGUAAGGGUCAAAAGCUUGACCUCAGUGUUCUAAAUCCAGUGAAGUGCAGUUUGAGAGGCUGCUAGCUAGGAAAAUGGCAGUGGCUGUAGGAUGGCUUUUCAGGAGAGAUGACAGGCCUAAUGUUAAGCGUCACGGGGAGAAUGUGAACAACAUGAGAGUGCCUGUACCCAGAUUCAAUCAUGUUUGUUUGGUUUGGUUUGGUUUUUCAAGGUAGGGUCUUGCUGUAGACCAGGCUGACCUGGAAUUCACUAUGUAGUCUCAGGCUGGCCUUGAGCUCAAAUGGUCCUCCUACCUCUGCCUCCUGAGUGCUGGGAUUAAAGGUGUGCGCCACCACACCCAGUUUAAUCUUGUUUUAGUGGGCACUGACUGUGUUCUCAUGGUCCCCAUCUUGAUGAAAACACUGGGCUUGAAGUUCUGGAGUAUCUAGUUUAGAAUCUCCAGCAAUAGUUAAUGUUUACCUGUGGGAGCAGAACCUUAAUCUCAGUCACGUUUUAGGAGCAGUAAAGCUGUGGAAUUUUUUUAGGAGCUCAAGUUUCUAAAACAUCCAUGUAGUAAAAGUUGGAGAAAAGCAAAUAAAAAUGAUAAAUGUUUAUAAUCUUUAAUAAAUGCUAUUGUGCUUGGAGAUGACAGGCUGUAAUAUGUUAGGUUUACUUUUGUUGUUUCAUUUUGGGAUUUGCCGGUUAAUUUGUUAUUUAAUUUCCAAAAACUAAUAAAUACCAUUUUUAUUUUU